AUGGGCCCCAUCAUGUUAAAUGAACUUGAGAAGCGGGUUGAGGCGUUAGAAGGUGGUGUUGGUGAUGCAAAUGACGAUGCUGCGGUAUGCGCAAGAGUUGGGUUGUUAAUGAAGCAGCUACGGGAGCUUACUCAGAGGGGGUUUCGAUAUAAUGAACAGAUGUCUAUUUACAUGGAACAUUUUAGUGGACAGAUGUUGUGCGAUGAAGUGCAAGAUUGGGGAUCGCAGAAUUUGGAGACAAUUGUAGAGUCAUGCAGUGAAGAGAUUGAAAAGAUGGUUUCAAUGCUUCAAGAGCUAGAGUUGGGAUACAAUCAUGAUUUCGACAGAGUCCUAAAGGAGUGCGGUGGUAUUAUGCAAUCUGGGAAUGUCACGGUUGAUGUAUCCCAGUUGUCCGAACUCUACAAGAGAUGUAACAGGCUGGCCAUCGGCUCUAUUCAUAUUACUCUGAGAUUCAUUAGACAGAAUCACUUAACAAACGAGUUUUGUCACAAGAUGGAACGUAUCCUUCUGGAGAAAGAACGGGAGCUUCCAUGA